AUGUCUGAAAAUCCGACGUGUCCAAUCAAUACUGUUCGAAAAUGCUCUUGCACAAGUGAUGGAGGUGAGUUAGGCUCGGGCUUAAGGUCUAAGGCCCAAAACUCUCAAAUUUUCAGCCCUAGCAUCCCCGGUUUCCACACGAAGACCCUCAAAAAUUCUCGACGAAUUCCACUUGCCCAAACAAUUAUUGGUGCAACAUCAUCACGAAGAUGGCUCUUUUAUGCGCAAUAUUUCGGCUACUGUAAGUUUUUUAGGGAUAAAAUGCAGUUUGCCGAAUUCCCCGACCUCAAAAAAUGUACCCAAAAUGUCACUUUGAUUUUUUCGAAUCCAAUUAAAAGAUCGUACGAUCAAAGGAAAUGGUUUCAUCGUCAUGCGCAAAAAUCAUCAAAAAACGAGUUAACACAAGUCAUAAAAUAGGGAAAUUCAUUCAACACAUGCCUUCUUCAAGUUAACCAGCAGACACAUUUUAUGACACCCAUUUAGGUUCAUAAAAAAAAACACACGACACGACACACCGUGUACCCGGAAUGGACGGCGGGUUCAAAAACUAUUUUAGAACCCGUGGAUUUUUUUGAGAUCAGAAAUCUGUGCUCUCCAAAUUUCGUACGCUCUUUCGUCGUGAAAGCGCGGGAAAAAUGUCUGCGUCUCUAGAAAUCGUGUGCUCUCUAGCUAGAAGGAUUGGCUCUGCGUUGAGGUUUUUUGAAUGAAAAAUCGUUGAAAAAACAUUUUUCCAACUUUGUGAAGGAUCAUUUCAACGAAUUUUCAAUAAAAAAUCUCAAAGCAAACAAGUUCAAAAGUUCAAUUUCUUGCAAGCCAAUCCUCCUAGCUAGAUAUUAUUGAAUUAAAAACACGUGAGAAAUAAAAAACUAGGUCAAGUGACGUGGAUUUAAAAACAGUAUAGGUAGCCAUGUCGUCAAUUGCGAUGCGUGUGAGCGACACGUUUUUAGAAAUGAAAAUUUGGAAAAUCCAAUGGAAAAUAUCGAGGGCAACACGCAACGCAGAACCGCAUCGCAAUUGACGACAUGGCUACCUAUACUGUUUUUAAAUCCACGUCACUUGACCUACUUUUUUAUUUCUCACGUGUUUUUAAUUCAAUAAUAGCACACGAUUUCUAGAGACGCAGACAUUUUUUAUUUCGAAAAACCAUCCGCAAAACAUUUUUCCCGCGCUUUCACAACGAAAGAGUGCACGAAAUUUGGAGAGCGCAGAGAUGUGUAGGGUGCACUAGGCUCCGCCUCCUCCCCACAUUUUUUUCAUAUUGUCCGCAGUGCAUUUUCUUUCUAUAUAUUGUUUUUUUUUUCGCUUUCGUUCUGCUGCUAGAGAAAAUGGCUUCGGCUGGUGUUUUGUACCCGGUUUUUAAUAGUGUCCCGAUUUUUGUGGAAGAUCCUGUGACUUUUGCCAAAGGUCCUAUUGAGGUUGGGAAAAUUUGCGGUUUUUUGAUAACAAAUAUGUAAUUUUUUUCUAGGAAUUGGUGCUUGAAGUGCAGGAAACUACAGCAAAUGCCAAGCAUUUGGGUCAACCGCAAGCACUUCCUGAAAGUCGUGUAUUGGUUUUAUAUACCGGUGGAACUAUUGGCAUGAAAUCUACGGAUGGAGGUAAAUUUCAAAUUUAAAUGCAAAAAUGCACUUCUUAUCAAUUUUGACCUUUAAAAAUUUAACUGUUUUUUUUCAAAAUUGAAAUUGAGAAAGUUUUAGUGACACCUUCAGAGCUUCUCAUACACACAUAUUUGCGCAGAAAAGAUCCGCUAAUGCGAUUAAAUUGGAAUUCAAUAGGUAGAGCAAAUAUUGAUGAUUGAAUUACGGUAGAACUAUUCAAGGCGCAUGGAUGUUCUUUGCUCAUGGAAAUUUUCGAGCGAAAUUCCGUGUUUUCUUUUGAAAAUGGCUUUUUUCACAAGAAAAUGUCUGAAAAUCGUGAAUUUUCAGGCGAAAAAUGCAAAAAAAUGAAAAUAAAAAUCAAGGCGCACAGAAUUUCCCGAAUGGGUCUCGCCGCGACGUGUACUUCUCUCGGACUUCUUUUCAUUUUUUUUUCGCGAAAAAUUUUCAUUUUCCGCGCAAAAACCCAUGUUUUGAAUUAAAAUCUCUAGUUUUCUCACAAAAUUUUCAAUUUCCAGUUUAUUGCCCGGUUGCUGGCUAUCUCCCCGAAGUGAUCCGCGACAUCCCGCCACUCAAUGAUCGUCAAUACAUCGAGGCAAACUAUGCGCAAGUCGCCGUUCGUCCCUAUUCCCUUCCACCAGUUCGACACAUGAAAAAACGAGUCGUCUAUUGGAUUGUCGAGUAUGAACCACUGCUCGAUUCGUGCGAUAUGACUUUUGAUGAUUGGAUUCGAAUCGCGUCAGACAUCAAAAAGGCUUAUCAUAAUUAUGAUGGAUUUGUGGUUCUACAUGGAACUGAUACAUUGGCUUAUACAGCCAGCGCACUGUCUUUUAUGAUGGAGAAUUUGGGAAAACCUGUGAUCAUCACCGGAAGUCAAAUCCCAGUUGCAGAAGUCAGAUCUGAUGGUAUGGAAAACCUCAUCGGCGCGCUGAUAACAGCGGGAAACUUUGAUAUCCCAGAAGUCUGUGUGUAUUUCAACAACAAAUUAAUGCGUGGAAAUCGAACUGUUAAAUUGGAUAAUUCCGCUUUAGAAGCCUUCGACAGCCCAAAUAUGCAUCCUUUGGCAAAUAUGGCGAUUAAUAUCAAAGUGAAUUAUGAUUCGAUUUUCCGCAGUGAUAAUAUUGCGGCUUUUACUGUUCAUGAGAAUUUGUGUCGGCAUGUUGGAAUGUUACGAAUCUUUCCAUCGAUGACGAUUGAAUCUGUGAAGGCGUUUUUGGCUCCGCCAACUCAGGGUGUUAUUUUGCAGACUUUUGGCAGUGGAAAUAUGCCCACUAGAAGAUCGGAUAUUAUUGAAGCUUUGAAGGUUGGUUAAGCUGAGAAAUCUAUGAUUUUACAGUCCAAAAUUGAUUUUUUUCUGAAUUUUCAAAGAAAUUUAGCGAAAAUCCACGUUUCUAGCCCAAAAAACCAUGAAAACCUCUAUUUUCCACCCCAAAAACCCUCAAUUUUCUCUCCAGGAAGCCAUCGAGCGCGGACUUAUGGUCAUCAAUUGCUCGCAAUGUUUAAAGGGACAAGUCGAUGUGAAUUACGCGACUGGCAAAAUCUUGUAUGAUAUUGGAGUUAUUCCGGGAUCUGAUAUGACUUCGGAACCGCCAUGGCGAAGUUGUGCUAUGUUUUGGGAAAAGACGAGUGGGAUGCGAUGA